AUGAGUGAGGUGAAGAAGAUUGUACAGGCGACUCUUUCAAGUAAACCGGAAGAUGAACCGCAGGUUAGAAUUAUUCAAAAUCUAGAAUAUUCUACGAUUCUUUUGCAGGUUAUCGAGAAAUGUCUAAACCUCGUUGGAUCGAAUCGUGCUGCCCGUGACCGAGAUCUUGGUUUUCUUCUGCUCUCCCGAAUGAUCAUCAAAUGCUCGCCGGGCACUCUUCGCGCAGUCCAGUCCCGUCUCGCCAACCGAUUCGCUCAGAUUUCCGAUCAUUUCCAACUGUCCGGCUCUCUUUUCGUCCGCGAAGUUCUCAUUCGCAACCCGCAAGCCGGAGAGCUACAUUCUCCGAUUGUGUUCAAAAUUAUCCUCAAUUGUUUGGAUGCGGCGGUUGAGUCCGGUGACCAAACGAUUAGAGGGCUUUCCGCCGAACUGUUCGCUCUAAGAAUCAGCACUCAGAACUUUACCCUCCUGCUGAACACGCUGAAUAUUCUGUUGAACACCGACAAAAAGAACGUCUCCAGCGGUGAGACUCCCGAUUUACUUCUCUUCUCAUCUAAUUCUUUCAGAGAUCCUUCAACUCAGAACUCUCGGUGUCACUGCUCAUCGGGUUUCGCUUACUUCUCUCCUCUUCGAAGUGCUGGCUCUUUCGCUCGGUUACGCUACCAAGCCAGGCCUUUUCAUCGACCGAAAGGAUGCCAUUCGUGUCAUCGAACUGGGCGUUCAUAGCCCUCCGAUCCGUUCGGUCGCAUUUGCCUGUCUCCGAUCUCUGUGCGUCAACUCGAAAUACUCUCUGAUUCCAAUGGUAUGUAGACUUUAUUCGAAUUCUUCGAACUAUCGGUCAUCGUUUAGAUUGGCAGAAUUGUAUCGACUCUCGUUGCCGAACUGGAAACUCCGGACGUCGAUCUCAUCAAGACUCUCGCCUUUAUUUCCAACGCUUUCGGGCCUGUCACUUCAACCCUCCACAAACAUUUCUACGUCAUUUUCACGGCUCUGAAGCAUCCGCUGCACGAGCAAGACUACGGAGAGCACGUCGGCUCCCUUCUCUCGACCAUCAUCGAAUCGUCGGCCGCACUCAUCAAGCCAGAAGUGUUCGUUACUGUCCAGAAGGCUGUGUGCGAGGUUAUCAUUAUCUUUUCGAUGUUUCUCUUCAAAUUCGUUCUUUUCCAGUCGGCCGUCAUGCACGUGAACUGCCCCAUCUACCACCAACUGCUCGCCGCCUUCCUUGCCCUCAACAAUGAAUUCGUCCCUUCUCCUCUCCAGAUCGCUCGUUCGAUUUGCUCUCGGAGCUCUUCCCGUUCCGAACAUUCCCAUCGUCUUCGUGUUCUUUGUGACGUGGCGUCUCGUCCGAGAACUACAGAUCUUGCCAAUGUGAAAGCGAAGAAGACGUUGAUUAUUACGGAAGAAAAAACUAUUAGAAGUGACGUGGCAGUUUCCGACAAAAACACCGAUUUGAAUGAGGAAAAAGAAGAGGAGAAGGAAGAGAUGGAAGUGGAGGAAAUUCCCAAAGAAGAGAGCCCGACGAGGGAACCAAAAGAUGAGAGCGUAUCGAGGAAAAAGAAGAACAGCGAGAGUUCCACUCCGGUCGUCCCGAAAAAGAAGAGAAUCGUUCGUGAAGUGAAGACCGAUCUUCUGGAGGGAGAAGCUUCCGUCGAUGACAUUCUCAAUCUGUUCGAUCCCUCCUAA